UAUACUGAAAUAAUUUAUAUGACAAGUUUAAGUUUUUUCUAGGUUAUUAUAUGAAACAAACGAAAAGUCACUAAAUGCUAUGUUUAGUGAUAUAUAGACGAGAGGAAGCAUGAUGCAAAAAUGUAGAUUCGUUUCAAAGGCAUUAAAAUAAUAAUAGCGAUAUAUAUGUAUAUAUCAUUAUUAUAUAAUUUAUUGUAUUUACUGUGAUGUGCGUUUUAUUUUGGAAUAUACUAAAUUAAAACGUGACAAUGUUAUCGUUGGAGUGAAUCAGUUCCGCCGAAGAAUUGAACAUAAAGUGUUACUAGAUGGAGUUAAUGGUACCGUGUUACGUAUUCACGUGACUGAAACGGCAUGACUCGAUUACGAAAAUGGGAAAAUAUUUGAAAUUACGCAACACUUCAAUUACGUGUCUAAUCAUUAUUUUAAUUAUUAAUAAUCUAUCUUUUUUUUUAUCUUUUUUUUCAACGAUACAUACAAUUAAAUUAUAUUAAAAAAAUAAAAAUCAAAUUUUAAUAUAUAGACGCAAAAUAAUAAUAAUGAUGUAAUAUUUUAGAAAUUAGCAACAGUGUUACGAAAUAUAGUUUAUUCAAGCUAAGAAUUUUGCACUUUGAAACUCUCGCGCUAAAUUUAUAACGAGAUAUUCAGAAUCGAAACAAUGAAUUAUUAUAUCGAUGAACCAACCAAUUCGUCCUUCAUUCCCAACCCGUCCACAACAACACAUCCAACUCCAACCACAAUUUUUUUAACAAAAUAAAGCAAAAUGUAGUAUUUAAUUACAUUUAAUUCUAAAUUAAUCAAUCAAUCCGGAACCAAUCAUUCUACGUAAUAAAUUAAUCUUUAAAACAAGACAAAUUCGUGAUGCAUAAAUCAGAUUCUGCGGAUCUUACAAACCAAUUAGAGUCAUUAUUGGAACUGAUGUUAAGAAAUUCCGCCCAAGAAUCAAAAAAUACGGAAAGAACAGAUAUCAAGAGAGACGAAUCAGAUAUCGAGAACACAGAUAACGACAAAGAUUAUUCCGAAUCGAGUGAAGACGAACAGAAUUCUGGAAACAAAUACGGUUACAAGAAUAUUUUACGUUUUAAAAAAUUUUAUGAAGAUCACACGCAUAACAACUUACAGGAAAGCGAGCAUAAAAGCAUCUGGGAUGAUUACGUGUUCAAUGAUAAAAUGUACAGAGUGAUCCUUAUAAAAUUAGAUAAAAGUAAAAUGGAAACAAAAGGCGCAAAUUUAAUUGAUAAUCAAUUAAUGAAAUAA